AGAGUGUCAUUUAUUUCUCGCAGCGAUCGAACGACACUGCAAAGUGGCAGGAAAAAAUUUACAUCGGAGAACAGAAGAUUACUGCGGCUCUGUAAAUAGUUUUCCAAAGUGUUCCGACCCGGAGGAUAGGACGCGACGCGGAUAUAACCCGAGAAACGACGACGUUCAGGUUCCGCCGGAACGUGCAAACCGAGUGUAGCGCGAAGUUUCGCUGCGUAGACUUUUUUUCCUCUCCCCAUUCUGAGGGAAAGAUUUGUGUUGCCUUCUGAUUGUCAUCAAAGAUUGAUUUUUUGGAGUCCCUCGAAAAAUAGUUCCUCAAAUUUUCUUUCGCUAAAGUGCAGCUCGGCGUAGAAGCCCUCCAGUCCAUCGAUUCGGUCCCCAAUAAACAUCACACACAAUCGGAAUGGCCGAUCAAACGAAUCAAAACUCUCCCCAGGAGCCCAUGCGAGGCAAGUUCAUGCCACUAGAUUUGAACAAUGCCAAUUGCGAUCGGAAACGACCGACUAAGAGGCUGAGUUUCCAGCCGAGUGGCAAAACGCCACCACUAUCGGACAAAACCAGGGAUCGGAUAAAGAUGCAGGCCACCGGAACCCUACAAAUUGCACCGAAUCAGGUGUACGAUUUCACCGCAGACGAUCUGAUUGAUGAGGGAGAAAUCGGUCGCGGAGCGUUUGGAGCCGUUAAUCGAAUGAAGUUUGUUCGGACCGAUACGGUCAUGGCGGUGAAACGCAUUCGCUCGACCGUCGACGAAAAAGAGCAGAACCAGCUGCUGAUGGAUUUGGAAGUGGUCAUGAAUUCGCAUGAUUGCAACACUAUAGUCACAUUUUACGGAGCGCUUUUCAAGGAAGGUGAUUGCUGGAUCUGCAUGGAGCUCAUGGACACUUCGCUGGACAAAUUUUACAAAUUUAUCUGUGAUUGCCAACACGAUCGCAUCCCGGAAUCCAUCCUGGGGCAGAUCACCCUGGCCACUGUGAAGGCACUGAACUAUCUGAAGGAAGAACUCAAAAUCAUCCAUCGGGAUGUGAAGCCGAGCAAUAUUCUGCUUAAGCGUAAUGGUGACAUUAAACUUUGUGAUUUCGGCAUUUCCGGUCAGCUGGUGGAUUCCAUUGCCCGAACCAAGGAUGCCGGCUGCAGGCCUUACAUGGCGCCCGAAAGGAUUGAUCCGCAGCGCGGCAAAGGUUACGACGUCCGAAGCGAUGUGUGGUCAUUGGGAAUCACGCUGAUGGAAGUUGCCACUGGAAAGUUUCCCUAUCCGAAAUGGGGAUCAGUGUUUGAGCAGUUGUCUCAGGUUGUCGAAGGUGAUCCGCCCAGACUUUCGCCAUCUUACAACGGUAUGGAAUUUUCGGCAGAUUUCGUCCACUUUGUCAACACUUGCCUGAUCAAGGACGAAAAGGACCGCCCGAAGUACGGCAAGCUGCUACAGCAUGCCUUCAUCCAGCGCACCGAAAACUGUCUCACGGAUGUGGCCGCCUACGUUGGUGAGAUCCUGGAAUCGAUGGCCAACAAUGGCAUCACCCCGUUCACCACGAACCUGCCGGCGGAAAGUUGGAACGAAAGCUUCAACUAGGGAAGCAGCAGCUACGGCAGCAACAGGAUGCUGCAGGUGGUGUAUUGAAGGGUUCAGAUUUUCGGGGUUGGGGAUACGUUAGGGAACGUUGAGGAUUGUAAAUUUUCGUCAACUGUGGGUUUGUGUUUUCGGUUAAAACAAAACGGGAGGAAGUGUGAUGGUUUAAAGUGAGAUUUCGGGGACUCGGCCUUGUGUGUCCUGAGUAGGGUUAUGUUUUUGGGCUAAGAUAAAACGAAAAUGUACGUUCGAGUGAUUGUAUGCAUGUGUAUGUGUGUGACAAGGACAAUAAAUUGUCUAUAAUGUAUCUUUCGUUCGAUCCUUACCUUGCUGCCUAUAAUUUAUGUUUGUGGAUAGAAGGAUUUAAAAACAUGUUCCGAUGAAUUUUCUAGUAUGUCAGUUGAAAAUCGGUGAUUGAAUAUGUGUGCUUCUGAGGGACGACUGUGUUUGGUUGUGUUUACUGUACACUUACAGUGAUUGAACUGUAGGGAUUUAAUACUUUUAAAAAUAUAAUAUAAUAAUACACGUAAAAGAAACUAACUAUUCAUAAACAUAAACUGAACAGAGAAAUAAAAAUAGAUUAUACGUGAACGAGAGAACUGAUUGAGUCUGAAGCGGUAAGAAAGAAAAUAUUUGUUGUUAGUUGUUGAAUAAAUCAAUUGAUUUUGAACACUCAAUAUAAGCGCUUUUUAGAGAAGAACCGUUUUGAAAACAUAAAAAAAUUGCGCUAUAGUUCAAAAAGAUUAAUAAAACUUAUAAAGCAGCGGCAAAAGCCGUUGUUAAUGCGUAGGAAUAAACAUUGACACCCAUUGAGUUAACCAGGAAGAAAUUAAUUGCAACUAGGAUAACAGAUAACAUUUUACCGACUUUUAGUUUUCCUUGCUUGCACUUUAGUUACAUGCCAGUAAUUCUUGACGGUAAGCAUUAACGACGAUGUUCUCGUAAUAGUCUAUCAACAACCAGAAAUAGGAAACUCGAUUUUAUAAGAAGUCUUCCUUAUAUUUUCGUUUUUUUUUUUUAAAUAAAACUUUCGUUCUCUUCAUUUUUCUUUCAACAUAUCGAUUCAAACGAUACUAGAAGCUGCAACGCAUUUUUACUAUUUACUGUCUUGCCUUAACAAUAUCCAACUAUAGCUAACAAUAUCACAAGUUCACAACCGCUACUUGAUUUUUUAUUAAAUUUGGAAACGCUUUCAAAAAAAGUAUAACAUUUCUGUUCAAAUUAGAUCAUUAGUGACCCUAAGUAAGAUUUUCGUAAAUUUGUGGUUUUUCAGAGUAUAAACUAAAAGAUAAUAUUCCUCCUUCUUGUAUGCUUUUAGAUUGAAGUUUUUCUGUUUGGACGCUGCAAAAUUUGAGCAUCCUUUUCUCUAAAAGAGCUUAUCAUCCAUACACCAUGUAGUUAAGUGAAAAAAAAAACAAACAAAAAGAAAAUGAACGUCUCUACCUACACCACUACACAAUCGCUGACACUACUAAACUCACACACGUACUAAUAUAAACUUAACAUUCGAUAGAAAAUAUUAUUUCAAUACUGAAUAUAUUGAAACGUAGCAAGAAUUUUAAGGUUUUGAAUCUUAGAAAAACUGAAAAAGAUGUACGAAAUCAUGCAGACUAAUCACAAUAAGUUUGAGUCAAUCCGUUCUAUAGUUCGUACUCAAAAGAGCAACACUUGCAACCACAAAUAAACACAAACACACUAGGAGGAAAUAAAUCAAAUACAGAGAUUAAAAGUAUGUAAAAAUAAAAGUAGCGAAAGAACACUUAAAUUUAAAUAACUAACUAAUUCGGCCACUUUUCGCGAGAAAAAAAAACUGAAAAGUUGAGCGAAAAGCAACACAAUUAGCAAUUGAAAGAAAAAAAUACCUAGUAGUUGAUUACAAAAAAGGAAAAUAAUAGCAGCAAAACAAGAAACAAAACAAACACGUACGGAAACUCUAAACCAUCCUGUAAGCUAUAGACUAAAGCGAAAGCGCGACACGUCGAAGAAAGAAAAAAAAACAAGA